UCAGCCGUGAUAAGAUUUUAGUAACUGUAAUGUUAAUCAAGUCACUUGUGGGGAGUGCCUGCACUCUGAUAGGAGCAGCUACAGCGAUAAAGUUUGCGCCUGUGGAAGUGAAAGCCCAGACAGCCGCUCUCCUUCACAGCACGGCGAGGAAAUCCCACCUGGUCCAACAAGCCAACAUGAGGGUCGAACUUCUGCCGGCGCUCAGUGACAACUACAUGUAUCUGCUGAUCGAUGAAGAGUCAAAAGAAGCUGCCAUUGUUGAUCCAGUGGAGCCAAUAAAGGUUGUGGAAGCUGUCAGAAAGCACGGCGUUAAACUCACAACCGUUCUGACCACCCAUCAUCAUUGGGAUCAUGCAGGUGGAAAUGAGAAGAUGGUGAAGCUGAUGCCAGGGCUGAAGGUCUACGGAGGAGAUGACAGAGUUGAUGCAAUAACGAAGAAAGUAUCUCACUCAAACACCUUCAAGCUUGGCUCACUCAUUGUGAAAUGCUUGUUCACACCCUGUCACACAACCGGCCACAUCUGUUACUAUGUGACUAAAGAAAGCAGCUCUGAGCCACCUGCUGUUUUCACAGGUGACACGUUAUUUGUGGCCGGCUGUGGUAAAUUCUUCGAGGGUACGGCAGAGCAGAUGUACAAAGCCUUGAUAGAAAUCCUGGGACGUCUUCCCCCUGAAACGCGUGUUUACUGUGGCCAUGAGUACACGGUCAGCAAUCUGAAAUUUGCACGCCAUGUUGAACCGCAUAAUGAAGUCAUUCAGAAGAAGCUUGCAUGGGCAAAGGAGAAAUGUAGUGAUGGAGAGCCAACUAUCCCUUCCACUUUGGCAGAUGAAUUUACGUUUAAUCCCUUUAUGAGAGUGAAAGAGAAGUCUGUUCAAGACCACGUGAAGCAGACCAAUCCCAUUGAAACCAUGAGAAGCCUUCGGAAAGAAAAAGACAGCUUCCGGGUCCCGAAGGAGUGAAGUCCAGUGUGUUCCUGUUUUUACCCCCUUAAAGCACUGCAAGUUCUACAUUAUAUUAAAGAAUAAUUACAAUUCAACCUCAACACCAUUUAAAAUAGAUCCACUACAUUUACCCCUUACUGAAUGUACCCAGUUAUACUACUUUAGACUGAGAUGUAUGAAAUUACUAGAUGUUCUCAUCCUGUUAUGUGAGGUUUGUUUGGCUGAUGGUGAUGGGACUGUUUUGAAGAAUAUAUGGCUUUAAGAGAUGAAUUUAUUGUAAUUUGUAAAUGCUUAAAAUAUAUAUUAAUAUAUUGAUGUACUAACAAUUUCAUUCAGUGUUUAAAUUGGCCCAUUUCAUAAAACAGGGAGCCGUGUAAGGAACAAUCAGCCAUAUGUGUACAUGGUUUCUGUAAGUGGAUUUCAUAUGAAGUAAUAAUAUCAUUUAAGAUCAACAUUGUUUUACUCUGAUUGCCUUUGUGUUGGUUCUAUAUUUGCUUAAAGCCUCAUUUGAGUAAAAUGCAGCAGAACCUAUACUUAAUUUCUCAUUUUAUUAUGAGUGGUUGGUGUUGUCAGCAUUACUGGUUAGAUUUCCUGAAUGUUUGUAAAGCACAAUCUAAAAAGAACACCGCAUGAUGUUCUUUGGAAAAAGCAAUAAAACACAUCUGUUGGGAGAAAGUCAA